AAUAACUACUAAAAACAGCAAUCCAAAUUUCAAUAUUCAUCCCUGUCUCACCAGCCCAGCUCCACCGUCCAUCUCUCUAAAUUCUAAUUCUCUCUCUCUCUUCUUUUGAGUAUAUAAUCUGCUGGCUUCUGAUUUUGCAUGAUUGUGCCUGAUCGAUGAUUGUGGAGCUCGCGAUUUGGUAGUGUAUAAAUUUGGGGAUUCUUCACCGCGUGUUUGUUUUUUUUACGAAAUGGAGAAUAUUGAGACUUUGCUAGCUGCUGUAGCAGCUCAGCAAGGGUUUUGCGACGACGAUGACGACGAUGAGGUGGGGAAUUCCGCUGCAUCGGCGCCGAGUCGACCGGUUCCGGCUCCGGGGCGGGCGAUCGGCGGGGGGAAGCGGAGGAGAGGGCGCCCGCCCAAGCCACAGCACGCGGCGAAGCCUCCUCCGCCGCCUAAGCGGCGGAAGGUUGAGGAUGAGGAAGACGAUGUGUGCUUUAUCUGUUUGAAUGGUGGUUCUUUGGUGCUCUGCGAUCGCAAGGGCUGUCCAAAGGCAUAUCAUCCGGCUUGUAUUAAGCGGGACGAGGCAUUUUUCCAGUCGACGGCAAAGUGGAACUGCGGGUGGCACAUAUGCAGUGUGUGUCGAAAGGCAUCGUCCUAUAUGUGCUACACUUGCACCAAUUCGUGGUGCAAGUCUUGUAUUAAGAAUGAAGAGUUUGUGUGUGUUAGAGGAAACAAGGGGUUUUGCUCGACAUGCAUCAAACCCAUCAUGCUGAUCGAGAAUAAGGACCAAGCUGCCAAUGACUCGAUUAAAGUUGAUUUUGAUGACGAACUUAGCUGGGAGUAUCUUUUCAAAAUGUAUUGGCUACUCUUAAAAGAGAAGUUAUCAUUAACAUUUGACGAGAUUAAUCAAGCUAAAAACCCCUGGAAAGUUGCGGCUACAGUGGCUUUCAAGCCACAAUUUGAUAAUGUGCUUCCUGUGUCUGUUAGUGGAGAAGUUUCUGCGUCAAAUAAGACUACUCAACACUUGGAACUGAACAAGCCCUGUGUAGAUAUUAAUUUUGUUCCGCAUGAUGGUUUGAGGACUUCAAGCAAUGUUGACCACAUAGAGAAACUACUCAGCAACGAGAAAAUAAGGUCACUGUGCAACAAAGAUACUUUGAAGCCAAACAUGGACAAAGUCACGGUGCAACAUGAUGGUUUGAGGACUUCAAUCAAUGGUGACCACAUCGAGAAACUGCACAGCAACAAGGAGGAAAUGGGGUCACGGUGCAACAACAAAGAUACUUUGAAGCCAAACAUGGACAAAGUCACUAACCAGAUGAACACUGAAAAAGCAACCGACAACUCAAUCAUCAAGAAAAACCUAGAUAGUUUGAGCCCUGUCAAAGAUACCAACAUGCCAUGCAUCUCCCAGAACAUGAACACCAGAGAGUCGGACAAGAUUGCAGUUGACAGUGAAUGGGCGUCCAAAGAACUCUUGGAGUUUGUUGCACACAUGAAGAAUGGUGAUACACAAGCUAUACCACAAUUUGAUGUUCAAACACUAUUACUUGACUACAUAAAUAGAAACAACCUACGGGAUCCCCGCUGGAAGAGUCAAAUUAUAUGUGAUCAAAGGCUAAAAAGUUUAUUUGGAAAGUCACGUGUUGGUCACAUUGAAAUGCUGAAGCUUCUUGAAUUUCAUUUUCUCAUGAAGGAUGAUUCUCUUAAUAGUUCUUUCAUUCCUGCUGGAUCUGUUAGUUCGGCAAAUGACGUGGAGAGUAAUGGUAAAAUGUUUGUAUUGGCGAUGCCGGCUAGAAGGAGAAAGCGAAAACAUCGUAAAAUGGGUGAAGACAAAGGACUGAAGCGUGAUUUGAAUGAAUAUGCUGCAGUUGAUGUUUAUAACAUUAGAUUGAUCUAUAUGCGCCGCAAUUUGGUGGAGAAACUUCUGGAUGAUCGUGAGAACUUCAAUAAUAAGGUUAUUGGUUCUAUUGUAAGGAUUAGAAUAUCAACUAAUGAUCAUAAGACUGAAAUUCACAGGCUUGUCCAAGUUGUAGGGACUAGUAAGGUGUCAGAGCCUUAUAGAAUUGGAAACAGGACAGCAGAUGCCAUGCUUGAAGUUUUGAAUUUAGACAAAAAAGAAGUUGUCUCAAUUGAUGGCAUCUCAAAUCAAGAGUUUACUGAGGAAGAAUGCGGAAGGCUACGCCAAAGCAUUAGAUGCGGUCUUGUGAAACAUUUUACUGUUGGUGAGGUGCAAAAUAAAGCUGUGGCGCUUCAGUCAGUCCGGGUCAAUGAUUGGCUGGAAGCAGAGAUAUUGAAGCUAAAUCAUCUUAGGGAUCGAGCUAGCGAGAGGGGGAAUGCGAAAGAGCUUCUAGAAUGUGUGAAGGAAUUGCAGCUUCUCAAAUCCCCUGAGGAGCGAAGGCGCAGAAUUGCUGAAGUUCCAGAGAUACAUGCUGAUCCAAAAAUGAAUCCAAAUUAUGAUUCUGAAGAAGAUGACAGAAGUGUUGGCGAUGGUAAAAAAGAUGAAUAUGUGAGGCCAAGCCACUUUCGAUUUCCUCGAAGAGCACAAAAGACGAGCUCCAAUAAGAAAGGUAAAGAAGAGCGAUAUACUGAGGCGAAGGAAAAAAUAAUAGAGAAUGCUGAUGCAAAUAGAUCAAGUAGUGGCACGAACGAGCAGGCCACGCAAAGAUCUGAUUUAGAGACAUCUACUUCAACUGUCUGCACGGGAAACUCACCUUGUGCAGAAACUGAGAAACUGUGGCAUUAUCGUGAUCCCAAUGGUAAGAUUCAAGGACCAUUUUCCAUGAUGCAGCUUCGGAAGUGGAACACAACAGGUCUUUUUCCACCUCAUAUGAGGAUAUGGACGAAUCAUGAGCAAUACGACUCAUUACUUCUCACUGAUGCACUGAGCGGGAAAGUCCAUAUACCAUCAGAUUUGUCAUGUGCACGGUCUUCAGGUCUGCAUGGAAACAGGCCUCCCGAUGGAAUUAAUGUAAGGGAAGAAACGAACGGGACCAGUAGAGAUGGUAAUAAGCAAACAGAGGCUACUGGAGUUCUGAAGGUGGGCGACUUGAGCUCCUCUAGCCGGCCACAAUGUAGGGAUUUGCUCAAAGAUAGUAAUUCUAGUGUCGAUGAUGUCAAAGUGCAUACUUUGCCUCGUCCGUCAAGCCCUGAAACGAUACCUGCAGCUUUGACUGAUCAAUUCCAGGGGGAAGAUGAUCCCAACCAGAGUUCACAAACCGAAGAAAAGAACUCAGGUGGGCUAACUGAAAGUCCUAUGACUAGAGGGCUCGAGGAGGAUCGAUCAGGCAAACCUUCUGAAGAGAAUUUGAGACCUUUAAAUAUUGACUUGGGCUCAAAUGAUAUCGAAUCUGCGCCUGUGUUAGAGCCAUCCAGCUCGUGUAAACCAGCUGAGGAUGUAAAUAUCUUGUUUCUCCCAAGUCCUACGCCUGAGGUUGAAAACCAGCCGUUUGUAUCUGCAGAUGUCCCUGCCGAGAACUCUGGUGUUUUGGAGCUGCUAAGUCCACCAAACUCUAACAAUGAAAAUGAGGGAGCUGAGGCAACUCAGACCAAACCAGAUGGGUUUGUAAAUCUCCCCGUGUCGAACUCAGGGCCAAUCUGUAACGGUAGCAUCCAACUUCCAGAAGUAGCUGACGAAUGGUGUGGAUAUUCUCCGACGCCUGCAAGACCAUCAAUCCAGGAAUGGGAUCCGGCCUCCAUCUCUGUAUCUCCUUCGAAACAUCCCGAAGUUAAGAUUGAUACUUUGGACAGCAUGCCACCAGAUUCUGCGUCCCAUCCGACGUCGAACAUGCCUGACUGGCGUGCGAUGAUGAAUGAGCCGUUCGAGUUCAUUGAUUUAGGGGAAAAUUCGGUGUCAGACUUGUUAGCUGAAGUCGAUGCAAUGGAAUCGCAAGGGGCAUUGUGUUCACCCACUUCAGCUAUCAAAUUCGCUAGGGAAUUUCUCUUAGAUGAAAGUACAGAUGAUAGCUCUAUUUCAAUCGAGGAAUUCAGCUCGGUGCUGGAACCUCAAAAAAGCAAUGUCUUGAGCUCCACCAGUGACGUGAAUUUGAGUCCCCAGUCAUCGGAGCCGAGCAAGCAGAGCGGGACGUCUCCUGUCGACGCCUUCGAUUUCUUCCGGAGGUCAUGUAACUCGUCUGCAAGCAGUGAGGGGGAGACGAACGCUCCUGUCCAUGGGAGCGACGCCGGUUCGGAGAUUCAUCCCCCGACACCAACCUACGUGAAUCAAGUGAUCACUGGUGCAGCCGUGGCUCCCGGGACGGGGUCCGACAAAUCGGACCCUGGAUGGGGUACAAUGCAGGGGAACAUUGGUAACAUAAACCUGGUGACAGUGCAAGGCAAUGUUAACCUUGUCCUCGGAGAGCCUAGCCAGGGAAUGGCGAACCUUGGGUGGGGAACGAACGCUGGACCCGCAUGGCCAAACUCCAGUACCAACCGCAGCCCAAGGGAUGGAAGCUUGCCGUGGGACGGCCAACGGAAAUAUAGCGGUGAGAGGUUCAAUAGUCCCAGAGAACGGGGCGGUUACCAAGGUGGUGGUGAAGGAGGGUACGGGAACGGGAGGAGUCGGCCAGCAUGGGGUCGGCCACCAUAUGGAGGUGGCGGUGGUGGAUAUUCGCGGCCACUGCCGAAAGGGCAGAGGAUAUGUAGAUUCUACGAGGGUGGUCACUGUAAAAAGGGGGCUUUCUGCGACUACCUGCAUCCAUGAUCUGUUCACUUUCUUCAACAAUUUGUUUUUUGCUUAAUUUAUUGUGUGGAAAAUUCUCAGUUAGUUCAUGUAGUUUUUUUUACAGUUCAUUGCACUUCCAAUAAAACUACAGUUUAACAUUA